AUGGGGUCUGGCGGAUCGAAGCCCGAGUCCAACCCCGAAUUGGCAAUGGGCCACAGGAUCGACCAGAUCAAGAAGCUCAAAAUUAGCACACCCUCGUCUAAGGAGCUGCACGUGGAUGGAGCCGUAGUAAAAGAGGAUGAGAUCUCGUUCUCCAGUUCAAAGAGGGUGCUGGAAUCUGACGAAUCGGAAAAGGGGUUGAAGAUGGGGCGGGAAUCUGACAAUGCUGAUAAGGAGGAGUCGGAUAAGGAGGAUGGAAGAGAAAUAGGAUCUAGAGAUGGGCCCGGGUCACCGAGUUUCAGCGUGUAUAAUUUCAACUCGGUUCCUCACUCGGGCGAUAUUAGGGCACUGAGCAAGGAAAAAGAAGGUAAGCACAGCACUUUGGUGCAUGGAAGAACAGACAGCAUGGACUCCAGUCAGGGAUUGAGAUCCAAAGCAACGAAGAAGGACAAGGGAGGGAGAUUCCAGGGAUUGAAGAAAGGGCCCGCAUAUAGCUGCAUGAACAUUCCAUCUUGCUACAGACCCCCUUGUGAUAGCCCUAGAGUUGUGGGAAAAUCUGUAUAGGAUAAAAAGAUUUUCCUUUUUUUGAAUCUUUUUCUAACAUUUGAUGGAAGGAAAUUUGUGUUGUAUUUUCUUGUUUACUAACCCAGGACUUGUAAAAUUUGCAACUAUCUUUCUUUAGCAUUGUAAAUUUCAUCUGCAUGCCUUCUUGUUUCUCCCUCUGUGGUUUGUAUUUUCAUUUCACCUCUCAAUUCUAUA